GUUUGACAGAAGUUUGAAUCGGACUCGGGGGUUUUCUGCAGCCGGCGGGGCAGCGCGGCAGACAGAGCCUCCGAGAGCGCGAGCAGCAGCGCCCCCACGACCCAGCCCGCCAGCCUGGAGCCCGGCCUGCCCACGGCCGCGAGCCCGCCGCCCCCAGCGCCCCUGAGCGCCCCGCAGCCUCCCGGCCAGGGAGUUGAACCCCCGCACUGCGCCCCGACGCGCCAGCAUGUCCUCGACGGAGAGCCCCGGCCGCACCUCGGACAAGUCUCCUCGCCAGCAGGUGGACCGUCUGCUCCUGGGGCUGCGCUGGCAGCGCCUGGAGGAGCCGCUGGGCUUCAUCAAAGUUCUCCAGUGGCUCUUUGCUAUUUUCGCCUUCGGGUCCUGCGGCUCUUACAGCGGGGAGACGGGAGCCUUGGUUCGCUGCAACAACGACCCCAAGGACGUGAGCUCCAUCCUUGUUUUGUUCGGCUAUCCCUUCAGGUUGUACCAGGUCCAGUAUGAGAUGCCUCUCUGUGAUGAGGACUCCACCUCCAAAACCAUGAACCUCAUGGGAGACUUCUCUGCCCCCGCCGAGUUCUUUGUGACCCUUGGCAUCUUUUCUUUCUUUUAUACAAUGGCUGCCCUGGCCAUCUACCUGCGCUUCCACAAACUCUACACGGAGAACAAACGCUUCCCAUUGGUGGAUUUCUGUGUGACUGUCUCUUUCACCUUCUUUUGGCUGGUUGCUGCCGCUGCCUGGGGCAAGGGCUUGACUGACGUCAAAGGGGCCACGCGGCCAUCCAGCCUGACUGCAGCCAUGUCUGUGUGCCACGGAGAGGAAGCAGUGUGCAGUGCCGGGGCCACGCCCUCUAUGGGACUAGCUAACCUCUCUGUGCUCUUUGGUUUUAUCAACUUCUUCCUGUGGGCUGGAAACUGUUGGUUUGUGUUCAAAGAGACCCCGUGGCAUGGACAAGGCCAGGACCAGGACCAGGGCCCCAGCCAGGAGAGUGCAGCAGAACAGGGAGCAGUGGAAAAGCAGUAAGCAGCCUUCAUCUGCCUACU